AUGGAUCGAUUCAACAUUAACAGUCAAAUUGAACAUUUGCAAUCGAAAUACGUUGGAACUGGCCAUGCCGAUACGAUCAAGUAUGAAUGGUUGACGAAUCAACACAGAGACAGUUAUGCGUCCUUCAUUGGCCACACUCCACUUUUGUCAUAUUUUGCAACGGCCGAAAACGAAUGUACAGCUCGAGUCAAGUUCAAUUUGAUGGAGAAAAUGUUGCAACCCUGUGGACCUCCACCUGCACGAGAAGAGCAUUAG